AUGGAACCUUCUUCAACUUCAGUCAUCAGUACGGCUCCCACUCCUCCUCCCGCCAUGUGGCCCCUGACCCGUCAAGCAACCCAGACCCUCAAUACUGGUCUCAACACCGAACUCAACGGCAAUGUCAACCCCGAAGUCAACACCGAAGUCAACACAGAAGUCGUCACCGAAGUCAACACCCAAGAACCUACCACCCAAAAAGCCAAACAUCGUUCAUGGCUUCAAACCCUUCAACGUGGAAGUACAAUAUGUUGCUGUUUCCCCUCUUCAACACAUCAAGAUGAAACUAGAACAUCCAGCUUGGUAAAUGUCGUACCAGCGGGGAUUUUGCAACCUCAUCAGGGUGAAGAAAGCUAUGAGAUGAGUGUAAAUGUUACCACUGAUGAUACUAGACCCUUAUCGGAUCAUAGUAUUGCUCUACCCGUUCAAGGUGUACACACAUUUGGAGAAGCAUUAUCUUCUUAUGAGGAGGAAGGGGGCAGACCGUUCAGUCUUCAGUUACCUAUUCAAGGUGCACAACAACGUUUUCCAAGGGAUAGUAUUGACAAUACCAUUGAAUAUGCGUGGGAUACAAUGGAGUCCCAGAACCAACCAGAAUCCACCACUGACUUGGGACUAGACCCAGAAACUGCGGCAAUUCUAAGCAAAUCAUUCCAUCCACCUACUUCACCCCCUCCACCACGUCCACCUCGUUCCCCUGAACUUACACAAACAUCUUCCUCAGCCAAAGAAGAUCCUCCAGUAUUGACUUACUCCCCUCGUACUCCUCAAAGGUCCGCUACCAACCUCACUCUUUUGACCGUCCCUCCCAUCCCUGAAGAAAUCACAGAACCUGGAACUAACGAGCCUGUAUCCUCUCCAAGCUCUGAACUUCCCUACACCAAGUCAAUGGCUGAACUGCAUAGCGCAAAACAUCCAAAAAGGAGACCAUCAAGUACUCCAUAUGAGACCAAAACGCUUGAAGAUGAUGCAAUGGAUGAUGCUAUAAUGUUUGUAUAUCCGGAAGAUCCCGACACACCUGAGGGGUCUGAGCAUGGUGGGGGUUUGGAAAUGAGAAGGAUAAGUUCUACUGGAAGAUUCAGACCUCCACCAAUCUUCACACAAAAAGAUUCGGGUGACAGCAGUAUAUCUCUCCCACACAUCGGUCCCCUCCCCUCAGGGGAUAGUACCAGAGCUGAUUUGGUUUUGACAAGGACCAAUUCUGCCGAAAGUACUCAAAGCGUGGAAAGAGUGACUAGAAUUGAUUCCCGGCAAAUGCCACUUGAUGAGACAGAUAAGACAAUCUUCUCAAUCUCCACAUCUUUGUGUGUGCUCCACGGGCUUCCUGAUAUGAUCCUUAUUAGAGAAGCUUCACUCCGCUUUUGGCCUUCUAUCCUCUUGAUAAUCGCUUAUAAGCGAGACGCCCCACUGCCUGAACGGGACUGUGUGUAUAAGAUACCUCAAGUGACCUCAAGCUACCUCAAUAACCUCCACCAGACAAUUUGCAUCAACAUGGCUGACAAUCAUCAGAACAAAACACAGAAACACAACCCGGAGAAUCUCGCUCUGAAGUGGUUCGAAUAA